AGAUAGACGAGAAUAUGUUAGGAGAAAGAGAAGUCUUUGAGUUUGUAUAGAUGAGAAUAUGUUAUUAUGCUGAUACUUCACAAGUUGCCCACCAUGUGUUUGAUAUAAGUUCCCAAUCACGCCAUUCCCUUGUUUUCUUAUGGAUAAUUACUAUUUUAAGAAGAUAUAUUGACUUAUCAAUCAUUUGAUCUUUAUUUUCUACUUUGAUUGUCAACAAUGUAGCUUUUAGUUAACGAUUUUACAUUCAUUGAUUCAAUCACAUGACUUGGUUUUUGUUUAAUGCAUGGUUGGUGUCUAAGGUAGUUGGACAAACCCCAUUUUGUUAUGGAUAUAGCACAUUACUAUUUGGAUGGCAAUGCUGACGCUGUGGAGUUUUGUCCACAUGAUUCGUACCACCAUGUUCUGGCUGCCUCCACAUACAAUCUCCAAGAAGGUGACCGUCCCAGUCGACAUGGAAGCAUUUCUCUCUUCAGUGUUGAUGGCAGUGACAUAGCUGGUGGUGAUGACCACCUUGACUUGGUUUGCAGUGUGGAGACCUCUGGCAUUUUCGACAUAAAGUGGAGCCCGCCCGGACAGCAUUCGAAUCCUUUUCUUUCUCAAGCUGAUGCUGAUGGGUACUUGAGAAUUCAUGUGCUGGAAAGUAGCUGUAAUGAGGUUGAAGGGAUUAAUCUAAAGCAUAUGAUCAGUGAAAAAAUCAGCGACUCUAUGUGCUUGUACCUGGACUGGAACCCUUCAGGCACAUCCAUGACAGUGGGGCUUUCUGAUGGCUCUGUAUCCAUUGUUUCUUUCCUUGAAUCCAAGUUGGAAAUACAAGAAGAAUGGAAGGCACAUGACUUUGAACUCUGGACAACCGCAUUUGAUAUCCACCAACCAAAUUUGGUAUAUACUGGCUCUGAUGAUUGUAAAUUCAGUUGUUGGGAUUUAAGGGAUGGUCCUUCCAGUCUGGUAUUUCAGAAUUCCAAAGCUCACAAAAUGGGUGUUUGUUGCAUUCAAAAGAGUUCUCAUGAUCCAAAUAGCUUAGUAACCGGUAGCUACGACGAAACCUUGAGGGUAUGGGACUUGAGAACAAUCUCAAAACCUGUUAAUGAGACUUCAAUUGGCUUAGGGGGAGGAGUUUGGAGGGUGAAGCACCAUCCCUACAUUCCAAACUUGGUCUUGGCUGCAUGUAUGCACAAUGGUUUUGCAAUUGUUUCCAUUAAAGGCAACGAAGCGCAAGUGUUGGAAACUUACAAGAAGCAUGAUUCCCUUGCAUAUGGAGCAGAUUGGCAGAAAGGUGAAGCAAAUCACAGAGUUGACAGAACCAAACCAAUUGUGGCUACUUGCUCAUUCUAUGACAAACUUGUUCGAGUAUGGAGGCCAGAAAAUGAGAAUAACAUGUAAGCUUUAUGCUUAAUGUUUGUCUCAAUCUGGAAAAAAAUGUAAUGCUUAACUAUUUAUUUGUUGAAUCAUAUGAUUGCAGGAAGGUUGGAAGCAUGAGUGACACAAAGCAUUUCUACUUUAUUAUUAUUUCAAGUCACUUAUUUAUUGAUUCCUUAACCUAAUCAAUGAAGAAAAAGAUAAUGA